AUGGAAUCUCGGCCCGUCUACAGUCGCUGGUCGUACAGGCCUUCCAGCGCCGCCAGCUUCGUGUCCAGUUCUACAACGACAAGUGGAUUCGAUGACCCCAACAGCAUCAUGCAACAGAAGCUAGAAAAACAGAGGUCCUUGCUGGAGCAGAAGCAGCGGCGGAAGCGCCAGGAACCGCUAAUGGUUCAGCCCAACACGGAGGCCCGGCCCCGGCGGACCCACACGCGGCAGGAGAAAGACCAGGCGCCGCCUGUGGAUUCGCAUCUCGUCAACACCAAUGAAAUCAUCGUGGAUGGUAUUAGUGUUUCGACAGCCUACCACGGAUCCAAAUCUCCUAAAAAGGGCACAGAAGUUCAGAUUGUGUCCGUGAAUCAGUCCCAGGGCCACACUAUAGCUAAGUCUAAGGCUCGCCCUCCCCCGCCUCCCUCCCCCAAUGUGGCCGCAGGGGACGCGGCGAAGGCUGGAGACGCGGAGAUCGUGCAUCAUCCCAAGACGGACAUUCAUGAACUAUUGCGGAAACAAGGUUUGUCAGGCAGUAUGAACUUUGAUGAAUCCAGUGAGGACAAUGACGAAGAGCGGCCGGAAUCCCCGACGCCCAACGAAGAGGCCACUAGGCCCGGCUCCGCCACCAGCACCAAGGGUCCAACAGUCGCCAGCAGCUCGCCCUUAUCCAGGAGCUCGUCACACCUAGAAGUGUCCAACUUGGAGGAGUUCGUGUUACUUCCAGCUCCUCGCGGUACCACGGUUAGAUGCCGCAUCACACGUGACAACAAAGGCAUGGACCGCAACUUCUACCCCACCUACUACAUGCACAUGGAGAAGGAGGACGGCAAAAAGGUCUUCUUGUUGGCAGGGAGGAAGAGGAAGUAUAGCAAGACAGCCCACUACCUCAUUUCAGUAGACCCCACCGAUCUCUCACGAGAGGGCGAGAGCUUCAUUGGCAAACUGAGGUCCAAUCUUUUCGGCACUAAAUUCACCGUGUACAACAACGGCGCCAACCCUUUCAAGAACCAACCCGCCACGGAGGGCAGCAGCACUCGACAGGAGCUUGCUGCCAUCCACUAUGAAACCAACUUAAUGGGGAUCAAGGGCCCGCGCAAGAUGACAGUUAUCAUACCGGGAAUGGGUGACAACUUUGAGCGAGUGCCCGUGUGCCCCCACAAUGAGCAGGAGAGCCUGCUGAGCCGCUGGGAGAGUCACUCCAUGGACAGCCUGAUCGAGCUUCACAACAAGGCGCCGGCGUGGAACGACGACACGCAGUCCUACGUGCUCAACUUCUACGGACGCGUCACUCACGCCUCCGUCAAGAACUUCCAGAUCGUCCACGACGACGACCCCGAUUAUAUCGUGAUGCAGUCUGGCCGAGUGGCAGAGGACAUCUUCACGCUGGACUACAACUACCCCAUGUGCGCCCUGCAGGCUUUCGCCAUCUGUUUAUCCAGCUUCGACCACAAAAUGGCCUGCGGAUGA